CAGAAAUGACUUCGUAUAUCAUGACAAAACCUCUAUUUAAAUAAAGCCAAUAACACAUUCAAAGAUACAAAUUUCCACUUCCACAAACCAAAACCAAAUUUCAUCAUGAAGAAGACCUACAAGUUUCAAACCCUCUUCUCUUCUCUCGUCUUCCUCAUAAUCGUCUUCACACUCCUCCUAUCAAUUUCGAGAGCCGCCUCUGGUGGUGUCUGCCGACAUCCGCCUUCAAAAACCAGCUGCAAGACAUGCAUGGAGGAGCAAAUGAAAUACGUCUGUCCUAAGUGCGUGCCGAUACUCCGAUGCAUGGCUCGUUGCCUUUGGGGCGGUGUGUCUCAGAGGAAAUGCACCACCUCAUGCGGAUGCGACACCGUCGCCAAGCCCUCGCUGGUGGAGUGUAAACGCUGCGUUUCGAGGUGUAAGUGUAGUUGUGCGGCUUAGGAACAAACAUCGACUUAGUGCUCUCUUGAUUUUAAAAUAAUAUGAAAGUAUAAAAUGUUGUAUCUGUGUUUCGUUAUAUAUAUAUGUAUGUUGAGUGCUAAGUAUAGUUCACAAAUAAUCACAUACUAGGAGAUACAGUAUAUAGUAACCAGUGUUAGUAAACUCGCUUAUUUUUUU